AUGCAGGCGCGGAAUUCGUGGUCUGAUGUGCGAGGCACUGCUAAAGGUACACUGCUGGAAUCGCUGGCACUGAAGGGGGGCAACAUUCCCCCACAGAGUGAUCAGCACGGGGUGGACGAGAGUGAUAGCGACCAGGGAGUUGAGGAGAUAAAGGAGCCAACCAUCCAGGAUUUGGCGGCGGAGCAGUGUUCUCAUGCUGCACAGCUCAAGGGCCUGCAUGAAGACAUGGAGUCUCUGAAAGACUCUGUUUACAAGGGAGAAAAGGGGCUCGACAAAGUGACUAUGACGAUGUCGUCACUCUUCACGGCCUUCCAGCAGAUGGCUGCCAAGACAGGGUUCAAGCUGCCGACGGGUGGCGUGGAGGUUUUGAACAGCGACGAACCCACCACCUCUACGGCUACAGCCCCUCCGCCCCAUCCCGGUUCCUGCAGCAGGUGUUACUACAGCAGCAGGUGGCCUGGCAAAGGUGCUCAGCGAGCUUCAGCGGCGCAUGCAGGUGCACCUGAUGGUGCUCUUCCAUCUGCUCCAAGGCAGCCAGGUGCCUCUGCCGGUGCUUCGGCAGAAGGGGUUGGACAGCCAGGUGCAGCAGCGGUAAUGCCAGCAGCGGCAGCAAGUCUGCGAGGUGCACUUCCUGCAGCUGCUGCUGGUCAGACGGGCGCAGCAGGCGGUGUUCCUACCGUACCGACUGGUCAGACAGGUGCAGCAGCCGUGGUUCCUACCGUCUCUACGGGCCAGACAGGUGCUGCCGUUAGUUUCACAACUGUAGCCGCGGGUCAUGCAGGUCCAGCAACCGGUGUUCCUACGGCAUCGGCCGGUCACGCAACGGCAGCAGCCGGUGUUCCGACUGGCGCCGCGGGUUUAUGGGGUUCAGCAGCCGAUGUUCCAGCACCUGCCGCGGGGCCGCCAGCUGGAUCAGCCGGUGUUCAUUCAGCAGCGGCACGGGGUCAAGCAGCCACUGGGCGGCCUAUCGAAGCAGCUGUGGUUCAGCCCACAAACGAUGCAUGGGACCUAGUGGGACCCCCGACGGAACUCACCAUGUUUCACGAAGGUGUGCAGGUCCAGGGUGCUCAAUGGUCGGUUGCGGCGGCGGGCACUGCAAGGGCACCUGAUGUUGAAAGGGGUUCUUCUGUAUGGUCUUCGGGGGAACAGUUUUUUGCCCCAUCUGCCUUUCACCCAGGGGCGCAUAUGCAGUGUGUACGCGCACCAUCUGCGGUGGGGUUUGCGCAGCAUGCAGGCGCUGUUCAGCCGGUGGCCACAGCAUCCGCCGCACAUUCAUGGCCGAUUGGCCAUGCACAGCAACCUCCCAGCGCGGUUUACCCCGGUUCUGUACAGCCAAACGACUUCGUGCAACUGCCACUUUCGACGCUUCGUCCCCCGCUGCAUCAGUCUGCUACUUUCCUCGCCUCUGAUGAGGUGCUCGACGAUACCAACUGCCAACCAGGUCACACAUCCGCGUCUCGUGGUCUGGGUCUAUCGAGCAUGCUCUCCGGUUUUAUGCAGGGGUCCCAACAUGUACUGCCCUCACCUGCAGCCUCCUCAUCUAUGGUGCCCACGACCCAGGGAGGGGAGAUCAGUGAGGUGCCCGGCAAAAAGGGGUGGACGGGCGUCACAAAGAAGCUGGACAAGGACGAGUGGAUCGCCAGGAUCGUCCUAGACCGUGCAUCACAAUCGCUGAUCGUCAUCAACAGCCACUUUGAAUCGGAGGAAGAGGCGGCAAGGUCAAUAGCCGCAGCGUCGCACGUGAUGUUCGUUGACAAGCCAACGCGUGGGGAGCUCAUUCCCUUGACCGCCGCCGACAAGGCAAAGCUCAGAGAUUGUUCCGCACACCAGUGUGAGGUGAUGGUCCGGAUGAAGUUCUGGCACAUGUGGGAGGAGUGGAGGAAGUAUUGGCCUGCAGCGAAGGCAAAGUGGGCCGAGAAAGUGCGCAGGGACGAAAAAAAGAGAGCUGCAAUAAACGCCAGCUUGGAUGAGGCUGAGGCUCGGGCCGACAAAAUUGCCCGUAAGGAAGCUGGAGGAAAUGCCGGGGCUGAGACUGCAUCUCACCAGGAGGGGUCGGGAUCUAAGGAUGGUUAG